CCCCCAGCACUGAUUCUUAGCCUUCAUCGGCGACGGAGCCAUCGGGACGAUGUUGAGGUUGAAGCAAUUGAGUUCUUCGAGAUCGGUUAUUACACUCAGUUCACGGCUGUUGUUCACAAAAGAAGAUAAAGUAUUAUUACCAACCAGCAUCCCCACACGGUUGACCUCCAAUCGCUUUCUCAAUUUUUAUGAGAUUGGAAAUAAGGAUGCGAUCGAGAAAGAGCGUGCUCGGCUUAAAGAUGAAAUGAAUAGGGGAUAUUUUGCAGAUAUGGCAGAACUCAAACAACAUGGUGGUAAGAUUGCUGCCGCGACUAAGGUUAUUAUUCCAGCAAUGGUAGCUGUGAAGUUCCCUCAGCUAGAAGUAAAUUAUUCAGAUGGCACGAGUUUCAAACUACCAAUCACUACUUUUGGAAGUGACGAUGAAUCAAUGAAGGCAGAUAUCCCGAAAGCAACUUUGAUGUGUCUUUCAUUCCGUGCAACUUCACAGGAAAUGAUUGAUUCUUGGAGUGUUCCUUUUGCUGAAGCUUUCAGUGGCUCAGAGAAAGUUCAGUUGUAUGAGAUAUCCUUCAUCGAGUCGUGGCUGUUAUCUCUGACCCCGAUAAGGAAGCUAUUGAUUCGCAUGUUGAAGAAGUCAAAACCCCAGGAAAAUGAUGGUGUCUUGCAGAGACGAAUGGCAUAUGCUUUUGGCGACCAUUAUUACUUCAGAAAAGAACUAAAAAUACUCAACCUUCUAACUGGUUACAUGCUCUUGCUCGACAAAUUUGGUAGAAUACGUUGGCAAGGUUUUGGAUUGGCAACGAAAGACGAGUUGUCUUCACUUCUAUCAUGUACUUCACUUCUGCUAGAAGAAGAAUGACUGGUGGUAAAUGUCAAUUCGGCGAUGCUACCAAUGGAUUUCUUUCGACAAACUUAUUGCAUUCAUCAGAUUUGAAUGAUGUGAAUUGAAGUGGCUUUCUGUACUCAGCAGAAUGACACGAACUAUUUGAUUUCAGACACUCUGAUUCCCAUAAGAAAACGAUACUGAAUGCGAAAUUGCAUCUCAACUCAGAUAUUGUAUCAAUGUCUUUUUUAAUCAAAAGUUUUGUUUUGCCU